CGCCCCUUGGCACCCUCUCGGCCCCGCCCUGCCACUACGUCGGCGCCUGGAAGGGGAUCCGGGUUUCUCCCCUUUUGUCCUGCCAUUGGCUGGAGGUCUCGCCCAUCAAAGUAGAGGUAAAGUUUGUGAAAGAAGAGCAUGCAGCUGAAGCACCGGGGGGGAUCUAGAUGUUGUUUGAUUGAGAUGUCCUCUGUGGCUCGACCCAUAUAGAAGAUUUUUGCUCCCUUUCACCUUAGAACACUCAACUUGUGAGCAUUUGGCUGAGAACAUGGCAACGGAGGUGGCUACCAUGCUUCAGUUGCCAUAUGAGUCUACAGAUUCAAGCAGCAAGUCCUCAGUGGGACACAAUCAGACUCCAAAAAAGUCAGCGAUCAAAACAAGCCCACUAAAGCUCUUGGAUCCAGGUCGUUCAAAACUUACCACUGUUGAGACCAAGAGGAUCAUAUCUGUUUUGGAUGAGGCCAUCUUUAAGAUAGAAUUGAUCAGUCUGAUCUCUCACAUUACUGAAUUUCUGGAUGGCUUAAGCACUAUACUGGGAUCUGAGCUUCUGGGUACCCUUAAGGAGCAUGAGCGGCUUUCAAACAACAUGGUAGCUCUACUUACCCAGCUUCAAAGAGAAGGGCUCCUGAAGCAGGAAGAUGGAAGAGGGGACCUUGUAGGAACUGAGGAACAAAUCCGCCAUCUUCAAUUGCACCAGCAAGCUGUAAAAAGCUCUAUCAGAAAUAUUCUGAGACUCUUUCAGGCUGACCCUCUAGCUUCUCAAGCCAUCAGAGAUGAGGCCUAUGCUAGGGAUUUAUCAUCUGAAUUAUUUAUCAAAGGCCUUUCAGAGUUCCGGGGCUUCUUGUUUGAGAAACUCCUGACUAGUCCCUUAGAAGAACAAGAAAAGAUUCAAUUCAUGGAAGAAAUCUCUCUCCGGGAUAAGAAAAACACUGAAACCAUCGCAGCUUUAGAGGCAGAACUUGCAACGGCAAUCCAGAGUCGAGACGAUGAGAUUAUGAAAAAGAAUGCUGCAAUCAGGGAUCUCAAAAGCCAUUUACUUCAUCUGGAGAAGUUCUCUGAAAGCCACAUCCAGCGCACCAAGCAGGAAGCAGAGAAACUCCAAAAAGGGGAGCUGCGAAUUUCCCAGGCAAAGUGUGCCAAGAUACAGCAGGAUAUACAGCAGCUAAGAGCACAGCUCAAUGUUCUCAUCAUAGACAAUCGAGACUCAGAGCUGGCUCUCAGAAAGAAGAAGUACAAAGUGGAGAUGGAAAUCGAGAACUGGAUCCAGAAAUAUGAUGCUGACAUGGGAGAAAAACAGACUGAGUAUGAGGAAGUCGAUGCUGUCUAUACUGAAGAGAAGGCCCAGCUAGCUCAGCUGAAGGAGAAGUAUGCCGUGCUUGAACAAGAGUAUUCCCAGAUCAAGGAAGAGAGGAGGCGAUCCCACGAGAAGAAGGAAAGAGCUGAGAGGGAACUGGCUAUCAUGGUCCGUGCUGCCACCCACAUUCAGGCCUUCUGGAAGGGCUACUUGGUUAGGUCACUGUUAAAGUCAAAGAGAAAGAAGAAGGGCAAAGGCAAGAAGGGCAAGAAAUAAAUUAGUUCCAACCUUUCCCCUCGCUCUCUCUUCCCAACAUUGCAGAUAUUUCCCCUUGGACCUCAGCUAUCUAGGAUGUCUUCACUUCAACCAACCAAAUAACUGCUGCAGGAUGUCUAUGGUUUUUAUAUACACAAAUUUGGCAUGUAAAAGUGAUUCUAUCAUAAAUAAAUGUCAGCCAACAUGUCAGACUUCCAGGUGGUAUAUUUUAAUUGCUUUUGGCCCAAAUUUAAGAGAAGAAGGAUGAUCUUGUAGUUAAAGCACUGGACUGGGAGCUGGACCUCCUGAGUUCCAUCCCCAGCUCUACCACACAUGGACUGUGUGACCUUGUACAAGUCACUUAGGGCCCAUUCUUGUGUUUGUGCCCUCUCACUCUCUCUCCUCCUUUCCCUCCUAAUGACUUUAAUUAUUUAGGAGAGAUUGAGGGAUCCCUGCUACAGAAUAUCCCCUUCUCCGUCAUCACUAAUUUUUAAAUUGAGAUUGGAUGUUUUUCUAAAAGUUAUGCUCUUGCUCAAACAGGAAUUAAUUCAGGGAAAUUCUGUGCCCUGUGUUAUGUAGAAGUUUAGACUAGGUGAUCAAUAGUCCCUUCUGGCCUUCUAAUAAAUGAGUCUAUGGAAAAAACAAAUCCCCUACAAAGCCUUAUUCCCAGAGAGACUGACUGCCCACAGCCCAUCCCACCUGCAGCAUCACUUCCACAGAGACACUGAUGUUAUAUCCCUAACUCACCACAGGAGGGCAGGCUCUGUGCACCUCUUGCAUGUGUCUAACCCCUACAGGAUAGUAGCAGUGUCUGUAAGGUUUUGCGUCAUGUCUCAAAGCUACCUGUGUGUGUGUGUGUGUUGCACAGUUCUUUCCAUGUAAGAAUACUGGGGGACAGGGUGCAAUUGUUUGAUGGACCACUGGAAAGGCCACAGAUUCACGUGCAAGGGACCAGUCUCAGAUCCAGUCUCUCAGAAGUGAUUUAAAAAAACCAAAACAGAUGCCCUCUUCCUAGCUUCUUUCCUUUCAAAUUUUACACAGCCCCAUGACGACUUUUACUGCACAAUGGCUUGGCUGGUCUCAUGGCAAAGCUUCUUGCUUUGUUUACAAAUGCUCCCAGAUUCCCGUCCUAGCUAGGCUCUUACAGACACCUUCAGUAACCUCUUAUGUGUGUAUAUAUAUAGAGAGAGAGAGACCCCAUGAUUUAUUUAGUUCUUCCUGUUAUAUCCAGGAAAAGGCUGGGUCAGGAGUAACCGCAUCUAAUAUUUUAAGACUCUAGAUUUGUUGCUGGAGUCCUAGCCUUAGCUUCAGUGUCCCUUACUUUCCUAUCCUGACAGCCUGUUGCAGCCUGGACUCCCCUUAAUGGUUCUUUCUGAGGCCUCUGGUUUUUAAGUCCCUCUGAAGAAGUGGGCUGUAGUCCACGAAAGCUUAUGCUCUAAUAAAUUUGUUAGUCUCUAAGGUGCCACAAGUACUCCUGUUCUUUUUAUGUUUUACUGUGUGCUCUGUAUAGCUUUUUGGCUGUUCUGGCUGGGAUGAAGGGGUUGUUUUUCUGUUUCCCGUUUCACAGAGGUGUUCUGUGAUCUAUUGGGUCUUCAUUUGACCCCACUACUACCACCAGAUAGUGAUUACAGAGACCCAGG